AUUGCCUCCACCUUCAGGCCCGCCGCCAUCCAUUUGCCUUUCUUCUUGCCGUACAAAGAACAAUUUCAGAUAUAAUCUGAACGUCUAUACAUAUCCCACCCGCGCCCACCAUUGAUCCGAGAGCUCGAAGGUUUAUUUGAUCCUGAAUCGGUGAAGAAAUGGGGAUUCUGUCGGAUAUGCGAAGCUACUGCGCACAGCAAUCCACGGAAAGUCAUCGUCAUCGCAGUGAAGGCGAUGCCGUCAACAAGAUAAAUUCUUUCGCGAUUGCUUCUCCGGAAGAGAAACGCAGCAGAGCUUUUGCCCGAGAAAGCGUUGUUGCAGGAUUUAAAGCAGCUGCAAUCGCGGCCGUACUCAGCGCGGUGCCUGUGGUAGUAGCUUGUCGCAAGAUUCCGUGGGCGAAGAGGAACCUAAAUCACACGGCUCAAGCGCUCAUCAUAUCCUCUGCAUCCAUUUCUGCCUUCUUCAUUACUGCUGACAAGGCUACUUUGGAGAGCGCAAGAAGCAACAGUUACCAUGACAAAACAGCUUGAGAAGGUGAACUUACGGCUUUGCGGCAGAUAGUCCUUUGUAGUUGUGAAGACAAUAUUUUUCCUUUCUUGUCUUGGAAGUUGAAGACUCUACAACUCAUCCAAUUUUUGCCAUGUUUCUGUAAAAUAAUAAAACCCGGACUUUUUUCUGUAAUUUGGCAUUUCAAUGGCUUCAUUGUAGCAAUUGAUGUUACUUCCACACGUUCAGUGUAGCAUGUACCUAUUUUGCGAAAAUUACGAAAC